AUGCCGUGUUCUAGCAUCAGUACAUGGAUGGUCUUCAGCAUCGCCUCAGUUAUAGUUCCUAUUCAAGUUGCUUUCAGCUCAAGAAUCGCGACGUUUACGGACGGGCAGUGCAAGAAUGCGUUCCAAAGUAUCAAUGCAGAAAAUGGCUAUCCUAAUGGUACUUGCACUCGAUUGGCCGACCAGGGAAAAUACGAGAGCUUUCAGGUCGUAGGUCUUGAUCCAGGCUGCAGUGCUACCAUCUACGGGGCCGAUAGCGAAGAAUUCGUACCAUGCUCUUCGACAGUCCUCCAGUUCGCUCAGAUAGCCGAGUGCUAUAACUCGUCUUUCGUCUAUUACAGCGUCGAUGCUUGUAUACCACCUGAUCAAAUAUCGUCGUCGUCGUUGAUUCCAACAUCAUCGUCCUCCCCAUCUUCGACCCCGUCUUCAAGUGCAGUGAGCGGACCCAAGAAGAACAACACUGGUGCUAUAGCUGGUGGUGUAGUUGGUGGUGUAUGUGGACUUGCUCUCAUCGCUGUCGCUAUCUUUUUACUUCUACGUCGUAAGAAGAAACAGGAUCAAGUGCCAGAGAUACCCUCCGACGAGCGACGAGAGGUUGGCGGGAGUGCAAUUACUGAAUUGCCACAUGAAGAUCGAAAGCAAGAGAUGGAUUCCAAGAACAUAGCACCUCAGGAAAUCGGUGCCAAGCCCAGUGUGGAAAUACCACCCGCUGAGCUGCCAGGCGACGAUGUUGCUCAGGAUUCUCAGUACAUACCAGACUCUCAGCUCACUAUCGACAAGAUUCCGGCGUCAUAUGAGGAAAUAUGGGCGAAGAAUCUUGGCGAUAAAGAAGCCUUGGUAGCCAUUGAAUUCGCCAAAGGAUACACGAUCUCGAUCAACACAACGGUGAGAGAUACAUACGCCACUGGUGUGGCCACUGAGUACUCUGUAUCUGGCAAAGCAGGCAUUGGUAUUGUUGAAGCUACAGUAGGAUGGAAGGUGGCAGUCAAAUUCGACUACGAGCACGAAACCUCCAAAUCCACGAGUGCGAUAACCACACUGACUGUAGGCAUCGAUCACUCCAUCAUGGUACCCGCUCGUAGCAAGAAACUUGUCUAUGUUACCAUUCACAGAAGCAAGGUCAACUCGGAGACGUACACUACCAAAGCCGAACGUUGGUACAAUGAACGUCUUACUGGAUCUCAUCAGAGCAACAGAGACGGCCAAGAACUUUGGAGAAGGGAUGAGACGGUGCAAAUUACUGUUGAUGGUGGCUUGCAUGGCAAAACAGAGAUAGUUUUAGGCGAGACAAAACCGUUGUAG